AUGGAUAAAAACUCUAGUCAGUCAGGAGAGCCCGACAGUCAUCAUAAUGAAAUAGAUGAAGUUUAUGAGUUUGAGGAAAUAAAAGUCAUAAACGUUGAAGAUGCAGAUGAUGUUGUUAGCAUGAAAGCAAAAACUCUAGAAAAGUAAGCGAGAUAGGAGGGAGGACUUGAGUAAAUCAAAAAGUAACAAGUAAAUUCAAUUUCUCUGAAAAACUCAAUAUAGAUAUCUUUGUCUGAGGCAUAAAUAAUUCAAGAUGAAUUGAACGAUUAAUACAAAGAGAUCAGUGAUAGGGGAGCUUCAGGGAACUAGAAAAUGUCAAGAGGUGUGAAGAAAACCAUAGAAGAUUUUGAACUUCAUUAGGUUUUAGGUGAGGGGUCUUAUGGAAAAGUUUAUUGCGCAUUAGAAAAGAACGAGAAUAAAGCCUACGCAAUCAAAGUGCUGGAUAAGUAUCAUAUUAUGAAGAACUAAAAAGUAGAUAGUGUGUUUAGAGAAAGAGAUAUACUUAGAGAAUUGUCACAUCCAAGCAUCAUCAAGCAAUAUUAUACUUUUCAAGACGAUAUAAAUCUGUACUACGUUUUUGAGUACGCUAGUCGAGGUAGUCUGACAAAAUUGCUCUCUCAAGUUAAUAUAAGUGAGAAAAUACCUUUGGAGCUUGUGAGAUAUUAUGCAGCAGAAAUCCUAUUAGCACUUGAAUAUUUGAACAGCAAAAAUGUGCUCCAUAGAGAUUUGAAACCUGAAAAUAUCCUAGUUACAGAGAAUUGGCAUUUAAAAAUAAUAGAUUUUGGAGAUUCAUGUAAGCUGCAAAAUGGUGAAAGUGAAAUUCAAAAUGGAGAAAGAUAAAAUUAAAAAAGAAAGGCAACAUUUGUUGGAACACCAUUGUAUGUCAGUCCCGAAAUGCUACAGGAUAAUAUUUCAUCAUUUGCAGGAGAUAUUUGGGCCUUUGGAUGCAUCAUAUAUCAAAUGAUAACUGGUGAAGUACCAUUCAAAGCAUAGCAUGAUUAUCAAACUUUUCAAUUGAUUCUAAACAGAAAAAUGCAGUUUCCUGACUAUAUGAGUGAGGAUGCUAAAGAUUUAAUUGAUUAAAUCUUAAAAGUAAAUCCUUAAGAAAGACUUGGAUCAGGAGGAUAAAGUGAUGAGAAUGGAAUAAAUGCUAUUAAACAGCAUCCUUUUUUCAGAGACUUUGAUUUUUAAAAUUUCUAGCAAUAACCUGUUCCAUUACCAUAAAGUCUAUAAGCAUCAGCAAGAAAGCAAACAGUAAUUAAAAGGUAGAUAAAAGCAGGUGAAAAGUAUGUUGAAGAAUUAAAAAGAGGCCUGCUAAAGAAAAGAAAUGAAUAUUUUAUGUAAUAAACAAGGACAUUCAUUUUAACCAAUGAGCCUUCGCUAAAAUACUAUAAAAAUGAAUCACAAUUUAGGGGUGAAGUAAGACUUUCUAGAGCUGUUUACGCACGAAGAACUGGUAGAGAUAGAUUUGAAAUAGUAACACCUGGAAGGAUAUAUCAUCUAAAAGAGGUAAAAGCAGGUGAUUCUGAUUAGUGGAUUAAUGCAAUUAACAUUGCAAUAAAUUAACAUAUCAAUGAGUGA